GUCCCCGCCGGCGGCCGCGCAAGAUGAAGCUGGCUCUCCUUCUGCCCUGGGCGUGCUGCUGCCUCUGCGGGUCGGCGCUGGGCACCGGCUUUCUCUACCCCUUCCCGGCGGCAGCCCUGCAGCAGCACGGCUACCCCGAGCCCGGUGCCGGCUCCCCGGGCAGCGGCUACGGGGGUCGCCGGCACUGGUGCCAUCACACGGUGACACGGACAGUGUCCUGCCAGGUGCAGAACGGCUCGGAGACAGUGGUCCAGCGCGUGUACCAGAGCUGCCGGUGGCCCGGGCCCUGUGCCAACCUUGUGAGGACCCUGAUCAGACCCACCUACAGAGUGUCCUACCGAACGGUGACGGCGCUGGAGUGGAAGUGCUGCCCUGGCUUCACCGGAAGCAACUGUGACGAGGAAUGCAUGAACUGUACCCGGCUCAGUGACAUGAGUGAGCGACUGAUCACGCUGGAGGCCAAGGUUCUCCUGCUGGAAGCAGCGGAGCGGCCCUCAAGCCCGGACAAUGACCUGCCAGCCCCCCAGAGCACCCCGCCCCCCUGGAAUGAGGACUUCCUCCCUGACGCCCUCCCUCUCGCCCACCCGGGGCCCCGGAGAAGGCCCUCGGGGCCAGCCGGGCCCCCCGGGCAGACAGGCCCACCAGGGCCUGCAGGACCCCCAGGCUCCAAAGGUGACCGGGGCCAGGCAGGAGAGAAGGGCCCAGCAGGGCCUCCCGGCCUCCUGGGGCCCCCAGGGCCCCGCGGGCUUCCUGGAGAGAUGGGGCGCCCCGGACCCCCUGGCCCCCCCGGCCCUGCAGGCAGCCCGGGCCUCCCUCCAAAUGGCCCCCAAGGUGUCCUCUACUCCCUGCAGCCACCUACCGACAAGGACAAUGGAGACUCACAGCUGGCUUCUGCCGCCGUGGACACGGUGCUGGCGGGUGUCCCAGGGCCCCGGGGUCCCCCCGGCCCCCCAGGUCCCCCGGGACCACACGGUCCCCCAGGACCCCCAGGUGUACCUGGAUCCCAGGGCCUGGCUGGAGAGCGGGGUGUGUCGGGGCCGUCUGGUGAGCCUGGGAGGAAGGGGGAAGAGGAGGAAAAAGCUGCCACAGAGGGUGAGGGGGUGCAGCAGCUGCGGGAGGCCUUGAAGAUCCUGGCAGAGAGAGUCCUCAUCCUGGAGCACAUGAUCGGGAUCCACGAUCCUCUGGCCUCCCCUGAGGGGGGCUCCGGCCAGGAUGCUGUCCUGAGAGCCAACCUCAAGAUGAAGCGUGGUGGCACCCCACCCGAUGGCUCCCUCGCUGCCCUGCUUGGCCCCAGCCCUGUGCAGAAGAGCACUGGCCAGGCCAGCAGCGGGAAGUAAGGGCCCAACUCUCCAGGAUAAGCCCCACCGGAGACCCAGCCCUGAAGCCUGUGCCAGCACUGGAUCUUGAAGGCACCCCUAAUGGGACUGGACUCCAGGCAUGGACAAUCAUGGGGACAUCGGCUCCCACAGCUCCGGGGCCUCGGGGACUGAUGGCACCUCCAGGGACAGGGUCCAGAGGUGCCCGGCACCCUUGGCAGAGCCCUGCUGUUGUCCCUGCCCUCGCCCACCCCUGACCCCCUGCAGGAGACAGAGUCUGGGUGGGCGGGGAAGGGUGUGAGAAUAACCAUAAUACUUAUCAUUUACUGAGUUCCUGAGGCGUCUGGGCCUGUCCAAGGAGCUCUUCCUUCAUUGUCUCAUUUAACCCUUAGGAGGUAGGCUUGUUAUCCCCACUUUACAUGGGGAACAGAGGCUUGGAGAGGAUAAAUAACCUGCAAAACCACCAGACUGUGGAGGACUGGGGCAGAAUUUGAACCCAGUCCUCUCAGUUCCUGAGCUCUCCACCCGGUCAUCUUCCUCUCUCCAUGGGAAACUCAGACAGGGCGAUGAGCGCUGGGCUGGGGAGGCUGGGCUGGCUGAGGGAAGGAGGGCGGGGCCCUGGGUCUCCUUCCUCACCUCCGAGGCUUAAGCCAUCACAGGCUUAAGGCCAGGGAGACCCUGAAUAAACCCACGAGAGUCACGUGGACCUCGGGAAUGAGAAGGAGCCUUGGGAUGCAAGGGCCCCCAAACCAAAUUGGUGUAGCCCACUGCUGCCUCGGUCUCCCUGAGCCCACCCACCCCUACCAGAUCCCCUGCCCCUGAGCCAGAGGACAGAGGAUUUAACAGGAACACGCACCCUCCGGGGGCUUCACGUGCAGCCCUGCCCGCUCCAGGUCUCUGGGAAUUUGUUGGCUGGCACUUCUGCACCACGUGGCAAGUCUAAUGUCCUCUUGAAGCAGAGGAAGGAGGGCUGCCAGAGUCCCGGCCCUGCUGCGGGGAGACGCGCCUCCCCACAGGGUGGUGGGCCCAGGCCACCCCACAAUAGCCCCCACUGCCCUGGUGCCCCAGACAGAAGAGCUCAGUCCACAGCCCUCAAGGCCAUUCAAGGCCUCUCAGGCCACGGGGCCCGUGCCCGCACGCCCUGGUGCUCCUCUCUCGCUGGGCCAGGAUCCACACUCAAGCGAGGGCAGCAAACUCAGAUUCACAGGUGCUGGCGCCACCCCGAGUAUGUCGCCCCUUGUAGCAGCAGGAGCGCUCCGUCCCCAGUGCUCUAGGUGCUCCUGGGAGGCGGCGGCCUGUUCCUGGACCCUGGUAACCUCCCCUGCCCUCAGGGCCCCAACUGCCCCUCUGCAGGAAGGUGCGGCCUUCCGCAGGCCGCCUCGCGGAGGGGCGGUCACAGGUGGGCAGGAAGUCUGUAACGCUCUGACAAUAAAGGUGCUCUCCCCA